AUGGCCUCAAUCCAUUCCAGCUGCAGCACCGGUACCAUGUCCCAGAUGUGCUUGCAUCCCAGGAGGGGCUUGACUGGGCACUGGCUGCAAAGAUGCCAACCCUUCUUGCCGCUUCACACUGUGCCUUUCUCUGGUCUGGAGCGGUGGCGGCUGCUGCUGCUGCUGGCCUCCCUCCUGCCCUUAGCGUGGUCAGCCAGCCCCCUGCCCCGGGAGGAGGAGAUCGUGUUUCCAGAGAAGCUCAACGGCAGUAGCAUCAUACCUGGCUCAGGCAUUCCUGCCAGGCUGCGGUACCGACUGCCAGCCUUUGGGGAGAUGUUGGUACUAGAACUGGAACAGGACCCUGGGGUGCAGGUAGAGGGGCUGACAGUGCAGUACCUGGGCCAAGCACCUGAGAUGCUUGGUGGGGCGGAACCAGGUACCUACCUGACUGGCAUCAUCAACGGAGAUCCGGAGUCGGUGGCAUCUCUGCACUGGGACGGGGGAGCCCUAUUAGGGGUAUUGCAGUACCGGGGGGCGGAACUCCACCUCCAGCCUCUGGAAGGAGGCGCCCUUAACUCUGCUGGGGGACCAGGGGCUCACAUCCUGCGCCGGAAGAGUCCUGCCAGCAGCCAAGGUCCCAUGUGCAACGUCAAGGCUCCUUCUGGGAGCCCCAGUCCCAUUUCCCGCAGAACCAAGCGCUUCGCUUCUCUGAGCAGAUUCGUGGAGACACUGGUGGUGGCAGACGACAAGAUGGCAGCAUUCCACGGUACAGGGCUAAAGCGCUACCUGCUGACGGUCAUGGCAGCCGCUGCUAAAGCCUUUAAGCACCCAAGCAUCCGAAACCCUGUCAACUUGGUGGUGACGCGCCUGGUGAUUCUGGGGUCAGGCCAGGAAGGGCCCCAAGUGGGACCAAGUGCCGCCCAGACCCUACGCAGCUUCUGCACCUGGCAGCGGGGCCUCAACACCCCUGACGACUCAGAUCCUGACCACUUUGACACAGCUAUUCUGUUCACUCGGCAGGACCUGUGUGGGGUCUCCACUUGUGACACUCUGGGUAUGGCUGAUGUGGGCACAGUGUGUGAUCCAGCAAGGAGCUGUGCUAUUGUGGAGGACGACGGGCUCCAGUCAGCCUUCACCGCUGCUCAUGAACUGGGCCAUGUCUUCAACAUGCUCCAUGAUAACUCCAAGCCCUGUGCUAAUUUGAAUGGGCAGGGGGGUUCCUCUCGCCAUGUCAUGGCUCCUGUCAUGGCCCAUGUGGACCCUGAAGAGCCCUGGUCCCCCUGCAGUGCCCGAUUCAUCACUGACUUCCUGGACAAUGGCUAUGGGCACUGCCUCCUUGACAAACCAGAGGCCCCCCUGCAUCUGCCAGUGACGUUUCCUGGCAAGGACUAUGAUGCUGACCGCCAGUGCCAGCUGACCUUUGGUCCUGACUCAAGCCACUGUCCACAGCUGCCACCGCCCUGUGCUGCCCUCUGGUGCUCUGGCCACCUCAACGGCCAUGCCAUGUGUCAGACUAAGCACUCGCCCUGGGCUGAUGGCACUCCCUGCGGAUCUGCACAGGCCUGCAUGGGUGGCCGCUGUCUCCACGUGGACCAGCUCAAGGACUUCAAUAUUCCUCAGGCUGGAGGCUGGGGUCCCUGGGGACCAUGGGGUGACUGCUCCAGGACUUGUGGGGGUGGUGUCCAGUUCUCCUCCCGGGACUGCACAAGGCCCACCCCCCGGAAUGGUGGCAAGUAUUGUGAGGGCCGUCGUACCCGCUUUCGCUCCUGCAACACUGAGAACUGCCCACUCGGCUCAGCAUUGACCUUCCGUGAAGAGCAGUGUGCUGCCUACAACCACCGAACCGACCUCUUCAAGAGCUUUCCAGGGCCCAUGGACUGGGUUCCGCGCUACACAGGUGUAGCCCCUCGAGACCAGUGCAAACUCACCUGCCAGGCCCGGGCACUGGGCUACUACUACGUGCUGGAGCCACGGGUGGCAGAUGGAACUCCCUGUUCCCCAGACACCUCCUCUGUCUGUGUCCAGGGCCGCUGUAUCCAUGCUGGCUGUGACCGGAUCAUUGGCUCCAAAAAGAAAUUUGACAAGUGCAUGGUGUGCGGCGGGGAUGGCUCUCGCUGCAGCAAGCAGUCAGGCUCCUUCAAAAAAUUCAGGUACGGAUACAGCGAUGUGGUCACAAUCCCUGCUGGUGCCACCCAUAUCCUUGUACGGCAGCAGGGAGGGUCUGGACUCAAGAGCAUCUACCUAGCCCUGAAACUUUCAGAUGGUUCUUACGCCCUCAAUGGUGAAUACACGCUGAUGCCCUCCCCAACAGAUGUGUUACUUCCUGGGGCAGUCAGCUUGAGAUACAGCGGAGCCACAUCAGCCUCAGAGACACUGUCUGGACAUGGGCCCCUGGCCCAGCCCCUGACGCUGCAAGUUCUGGUGGCUGGCAACCCACAGAAUGCACGUCUGCGGUACAGUUUCUUUGUCCCGAGGCCAGUCCCUUCAACACCACGCCCUCCUCCCCAAGACUGGCUGCAACGCAGGGCAGAGAUUCUGAAGAUCCUUCGGAAGCGUCCCUGGGCAGGCCGGAAAUAA